CGCCUGCUGGCCCCGGGGUGUCGCUUCCCCCCCCCCCCCCCUUCUGCUGCUGGUUUAUUUCUUAAUUGGAUGUAGCCCGGGCCCUGCCCCAACUUCGGGGGAGGCGGAGGCGAACCCGGGGCUGGCGCGAUCGGUCCUCCCCAGAAGCAGCCAGGCGAGCCCGGGGAGGCUGCACCCUCUGUGCCUGGGCUGCUCCCGUGUGAGCUGGGGAGGAUGCUGGGGGCUGCGUCGGGGGCAACAGCAGGGCUCUGUGACUCUCCAGCGGGGGGGUGGGGCUAAGGGGGGAGGAGGCUGUGGGGGCGCGGAGAGCAACUCCGGGAGUUGGGCUGGAGGGGAGAGGAGCGAAGCCCGGGGCUGUGGGAGUGGGUGGGCGGCAGCCCCCUCCCCCCCAGCUCUAGCAGCGGCGGGGGGAGGGGCACGGGAGCGUGUCCUGCGGGGGGGGGUGUUCAGGGCACAUCUCCCCCCCCCCCCCGGACUGAAAGGCUCUGGGGCGCGGAGCAGGUGGAGUCAGACACCCGCUGGCCGACUCCUGCAGCCUGCCGCGCUUCUCCAGCGGGCACCCCGGCCGUCCCUGCCGCAGCCGGGCCGGAGCCCUCCUCAGCGGAGCCUGCUGCUUCCCGGAGCCAGCUGGGGCUGCGGCUGGAAACUCCCCGGAAGGGCCCGAAGGCGGUAGGUGGGCUGAAAGGGUGGGGUGGGGCUGCAUAAAGGAGCGGAGGCUGCAGGAACUAGGACUACCCGCCCCCGGCUAGAGCUAGAGCAAAGGGAGCGUCUUCAAGGCGUGUCUUGUUUCAUUUUUUGCAAGCUGGUGGCACGCACGGGUUGCAGAGUGUCAAGCUGAUCAGCAUUCAAGUGGCGAUGAGUGAGCAAAGUGAAGUGAGAGAGGCGCGUGCAACGGGCAGUGGAAGCUGAGGAUGGUGCAUGGGGGGAGAGAGAGAGAGAGAGAGAGAGAUGGGAAGAAGCUGUUUGUGUUGCCUUGGGAUUUUUCCACUUUGAAACCUUUCCAGGACCAGUUGCUACGAAGCAUGAAGCAGGCGGUGAUGGUUAUGAUGAUUAGGAAAGGCUGUUUCUAAAUGACUGGGCUGCAGCUCCCUCAGAAUACAAGCAACAAAUGGCAGCGGGCUGUGGCUGGGUUGCAGCUGCUGUAACUCCCAGGUGUAUUUUUAAGAAGAACACUGACCAUGAGGAGGUCCACCUGUUAGUCCAUUUUUGCUAAUUCUGCUGAAGAAAAUGAAGCUACGCUUUGGCUGUACAGAAUCCUUUACACCACUGUUGGGUAAAUGAGAAAUGGUUGUGUGAUUAUGCUGACAUUCCAGCAUGCAUUUGGUAGACCUGUGGUUAACUCGUUCCCUCUCCAUGUGUCUACUCUUACAAAGUUUUGUCCUCAUGAUACUGUGCUUUCAUUCUGCCAGUAUGUGCCCAAAAGGCUGCCUUUGUUCUCAUUCUGGAGGUUUAAAUGUCAGUUGUAGCAAUGCAAAUCUCAAGGAAAUACCCAGAGAUCUUCCUCCUGAAACAGUCUUACUUUAUUUGGACUCCAAUCAGAUAACGUCAAUCCCAAAUGAAAUUUUUAAGGACUUGCAUCAACUGAGAGUUCUCAAUUUAUCCAAAAAUGGUAUUGAAUUUAUAGAUGAACAUGCCUUUAAAGGAGUGGCAGAAACCUUGCAGACUUUGGACUUGUCUGACAACCGGAUUCAAAGUGUGCACAAAAAUGCUUUCAAUAACUUAAAGGCCAGAGCCAGAAUUGCAAACAAUCCUUGGCACUGUGACUGUACUCUGCAGCAGGUCCUGAGGAGCAUGGCAUCCAACCAUGAAACAGCCAACAACGUCAUCUGUAAGACUUCUGUGUUAGAUGAACAUGCUGGGAGACCGUUCCUCAAUGCUGCCAAUGAUGCAGAUCUUUGUAACCUUCCUAAAAAGACUACUGAUUAUGCCAUGCUAGUCACCAUGUUUGGCUGGUUCACCAUGGUGAUAUCCUAUGUUGUUUAUUAUGUGAGGCAAAAUCAAGAGGAUGCAAGAAGACACCUUGAGUACUUGAAAUCCCUGCCAAGCAGGCAAAAGAAACCAGAAGAAGCUGAUGACAUUAGCACUGUGGUAUAGUAUCCUGAAUAUAACUGACUUUGAGAUGGCAGUUAGAUUUGGAUGGCACUAAAACCAGAGGUUUACUUCUAACAUUCAUUGUAAACAUUUAAGACUUUUUUUUUUUUCAGUUUAACUGAAUUAUGCCACUGUUGAUCUUUCUAACAAAGGUUUUUGUUUGGGUGGUAUAGCUUAAUUGCUUCUCUGGUGGUAUUCUAAAGCAAGUAAACUAAUAUGUAAACAUUAGUUAGACCCAUUUAAUAACAAAGUUUAUUUUUUUAAUUUAAAACUGAAUAAAAGCUUAACUUUGAACCAUG